AGCCUAGUAAACUUCGCUCUUGGGAGUUUCUUCAGUCAAUAUGCGUAGCUGCUUUGAACUUAAACCACUCGCAACAAUCGUCAGUCGGUGUAGAAGAUUUCUACAAUUGUUUCCUUGGUGAUACAGGACUGAAUAAUAUGAUGUUGCAGUAUAUUGAUGAUAUGUAUUUGACGUCCUAUUCCGAAAAUCCUCCCAUUCAGUCAAUUCGUCCAAGUUGUUGCAUGGCUGAUGAUUUAUGCAAUCAUGUUAUGAUUAUGGCAAUAGCUGGGUUACUUCUGGCUGGUCUGAGCAAAGAAUUGUAUAAUGCUCAUGGAGAUUUUAUUGCGUUUAUUGUCAGACAUGCAACAUUCCUGUCGAUUAUGCAACAGUUCACUUCGCUUCAUACGGAAAUCAGUCGUGACCAUAUUUCACACUCAAGCACAUCAUUCGAGUCGAAAACAUUGUGUAAAGUUGAUACUGCACCUAAAUUACCAUUCUCUAACGAUAUAACUACUUCCGGAGAUGAUCAUUUUCUAGAGCUAGAAAUAUUUAGUAUAAGCCAAGACCCUGAUACAAUUACUCCUACUGUCAAAGAACCUCAAUCAUCGAAUCAAGAAUUUCUUCCAAAUAACUCAUCUUCACGUUUAAAUCCGAAUAUAAUUAUUGAUUCUAUCAUGUUUGUUAUGGGUCAUGAAGCGAAACAACUUACUCGAAAUAUGUGCAUAUUUCUAGAAAUUAUACAUAACACAGCAUUUGCUAUAUUAUCCGCUGUUACUACAACAUCUCGAGAAAAUAGUGAUCAUUUUACUACAGAGACGAUUAAAAAGCUGUUGCAAAUCUACAAAUUUUCCAGCAUAUUGGACAUGUUAUUGUUGAUAUGUUAUAUCAUCCGGCUUGGUACGUUAAAUGGGGUGCUUGUGCUUCUAUUCUUUGUCUUGCUCGUUUCAUUCAUCCUUCAUGGUUCUGUUCAAAUCUCAUCAGUUUGCUACGUGGCCUACUUUAUUGCAUUCAUAGCUUAUCAAAUCAAAUGAAUCAAGGAGCUCUAAUGAUGGCUCGUGACUGCGCGCGUAUAAUUAUUAGCAUGGUUUUCAUAAGUUUAAAAGAUUCAAAUGAAACUAAUCACUUUUCACACUCGACUGUUGUUGAAGAGGAAGAUGUGAAAUCAGGCAAAUCCACUCCAAUAUCUACACGUAAACGCUCUUCAACAACUUCACAACGUCGUACAGUUCAAGUUAGACGUGGUCGUAGUGCAGCUAACGCAACUUCAGAAUCAUCAAAUAAUGAAGCAUCAACCAAUGUAGUUGUUGAAUCAAUGGAAAUUGAUAAUCAAGUCAAUGAAAAAGAGUUCACUCCAAAGUUCUCAUCGUCUCUGACAACUUUAUUGGAUGCAGUUAUCGUAGAAUUAUUAGAUUCACUUUUGAGUGAAACUGAUUCUGUUCGAACCGAAGCACGUUGUCUUUUGAGAUUACUUUCUUAUACAAUUGAACAACCAUUAUGUAAGUUGUUAGCGCCACAUUGGUAUAAACGUAUUGGACAUGUUUUACCUCCGAAACAACCCAAUCGUCUACUGGAUUUACCUAUUUCAACUCAAUUAGCUGUACUGGAAGCAAACUAUUUCUUUGGUCAGUCAGAGAAAUUAAAACAUCCAUCUAAAGUUUCAGAUAGCUCUAAGCUUUUUGACUUUGACAUAGAUAAUAACGAUGAUGGAGUAGGACUUCUACGUUAUGAUCUUUCAAAACGAGAUGAUUGUAUCUUUCUAUCCGAUGUACGUUCACUUCUUACUCAAUUUGAGUUGAAUCAUGAUUUCUCUGCUAGUACUAAUAAUUCUACAACUACCAACACCAUAGCUGCUGGUAGUAGAGCGGUAAACACCAGUGUCAAAAAUAAUUCAUCAAUAAAUUCUGAUCAAGAAAAAGGUACAUUCAACGGAACUUAUUCAUAUUCCAAGUUUACACCGUUCAACUCUAGAACUGUAAUACCACUUUCUAGUAAUUGUAUGAGAUUAAUUAAUCUUCGAGUAGCUGCUUGUCAAGUAUUAUCUGUCACAUGGUAUUUAGAUACACAAAAAGCAAGAAAUCUAACAGCACUAUUUAAAGGUAUGUCUUGUAAGAAUGAAUAUAUUCACGAAACAGCUUUUUCGUGUCUUCGAGAAUUUAUCAGUAAAACAUCUAUUGAUAUUGAAUUAAGACAUGCUAAUAUGAAACAGAUUGUGCAAAAUAUUCGACAAAAUUCUAUACGAUGUAUUCAUACAGUUCGACAAUUAGCUUAUUGUGCUCAAUUAUUUCCGAGUACACUUAGUGAAAGACUAUGUGAUGCAAUUUAUUCACAUUUAAACACAUCUUUGGAAGCUGCAGUUAACAAACAAAACUCUGCAUCAAUCUCCACAUUCACUUCAUCUAAUUUGGAAUUAUGUACAUCAUUGUUGGAUUUAUUUCAUCUGAUUCCUUUGGCAACUUCAAAAUAUGUUUCGCUUUUGAUUGAGUCUGUAGUCAACGCUGAACGUUUAUUGAACAUUGAACCUACUAGUCCUUUACGUUUACCUUUAACACGUUUCCUAUCUCGUUAUCCAGCUGAAACAUGUGCUCUCCUACUAACUGGUUCGCGAUGGCCUUAUAAUUCACAUGCAAAUAGAAUAUUCUUGGUAAUUAUUUAUAUUAGUAUUGUAUAUGUGGUUUAGUUUAUCAUUAUUUCGUUACUAACGUCUUUUUAACUUUUUAUCCAUUUGGUACUAUUAGUUGGCUUAUUACGCUUUUGGUGUCUUGUUUGCUAGUGGUAUUUUUUGAACAGAAAGGUAAUUGUAACAAGCUGUUGAAUUGUGCUUUGAACCUACCGGUAACUGACACGUUUAUCUAGACUCUGACUCGCUAACGGUUAGAUGAAAAACACAUAUUAUCGUUAGAUGAAUAUGCGUGAUAAUGUUAUUUUAUAGUAUUUUCGUACGUGGCAUCAGUCCAUAAAGUCACUAACGUCUGGUGUGAGCCAUAUUAAUAUAUACGGACUACUUGAUUUUGGUCUGCGCGACUAUCGUAACCAAUGGUUGGAGACUCUGUGUGACAUGGCUCAGAAUCGAUCAUAAUGCCGUAGAUGUAUACACUUGCUGUCUUCCCUUAACCCAUGAGAUUGAAAUUACUUUAUACCUUUCCUUCUACAGACCAAUUCUUUCUUC